AUGGGCUCCUUACAGAAAGACACAUACUACAUCAAACAAUGCCGCACCACCAACGUGACAGGUGAUGUGUGUAACGGUGUGGCGGCUGUUUGCAACUGGAAGACGCGAUACGAUAUCAAUGACAACACCGUCGACAGCAAAGAUCUUCGUAUGGAGGAGUUCAUGAUUAUAGGUGUUCAAGGUUCCUUUCUUGAGUCUGGUGACUCUGGCUCACUUGUUAUGGAUUCGACCGGGGCCGUUGCGGGCCUCAUAUUCGCCGACUACAGACACAACUUCCAGGCCGUCGCACUUGCAUUACUAGUCCCAGAUCUUAUUGACACGAUGAAGGCUCGACUCAAGGCUCCAGUCUCUCUACGCCUUCCAUAA